AUGACGACGCCCAAGCCUGAUAAGGCUCUCCAAAACCAUUGCUCCGUCGUUCACGAGAACACCCUCUACGCCUACUCGCCGGAUGCCUUCCAAUCCAUAUCUCUGGAGGAGGACGCCGAAUGGAAGACGCUGAAGUAUAAUGUCUCGGCCACGGGCGCACAGUGUGUAUACGGCGGAGGCGCCCUGUACGUUGUUGGAGGGACCGUUGAUGCCAGCGAGAACUACCCAGGCCUCAUGAAGUACGACUUCGCCGCCAAGAACUGGGAAUGGCUCACACCCACCGACACCAUCCUAGCCAACAGAGUGAACCACGGCGCUGCCUACCUGGAAGCCUCGUCCCAGAUCCUCGUCUAUGCCGGUACCACGGCGACCGGAGACACGGGAACAUCGUCCGGAACGUACACCAUCAACACGGCCGAACCCUACAGCAUUCAGUCUUACCCUUCUGGAGGCGCACCCAAUGUCAAUUCUCCCAUCUUGCUCCCUUGGGACGACAGCCACGCGCUUAUGCUCGGAGGUGGUGCAGCACAGACUCAAAUCUUCAAGUUCAGUGUCGAAAACGGCUGGGAAAACCUCAACGUACAGCUUCCCACGGCUAUCGCUGACCAGACCACUACCAAAUGCACUUUGGUCGAUGGUGAUGACGGCAGCAAGGUGCUCGAACAGUACAACCUUGGUGCCUCCCCCAACGAGGUCACGAGGCUUGCUCUGCUGGGGGCUGACGGAGCCGAGGUGCAAACCGGACAGGCCGUUGGCGCAAAGCGGAAGAGGGAUCUAUCUCUGAGCGAUUGGCCUUCAUACAACAGCUCUCUUGCGCCCGACACUGUCCGUUCUGGCGCUUCUAUUGCCCAGGACUCCAAAGGUCGGGCGAUUAUCAGCGGCGGCAACGAUGACGAUCCUAUCGCUAUCUUUGACGAGCGGGAGAACACCUGGAUGAAUUCGACCGAAUUGUUCUACGGCAGCCAGGAGCCUACCAAGAUCCACUCAAGCUCUUCUUCGUCCCAUUCUUCAUCUCACUCUUCGGCAACAUCGUCCUCGCUCGCUGCUGCAUCCUCCACCGUCGCGUCCGCCAUUGCUUCUGCAACUGCUUCUGGGAUUUCCUCUGCAGCGGGAUCCGCAACCUCAGCCGCAUCGUCGUCCAGCUCAGACGGCGAUCACAAACAGCGCAUGAUGACUGUGUUGGGAGCCACCCUCGGAACCAUCUUUGGACUCGCAGCCAUCCUUGUCAUCAUUCUGCUCAUUCUCCGCUGCAGGAAGAAGCAGCAGAAGGGUGGCGGCGGAGAGAAGGGCGGAGAGAAGGAUCGACUUAGCUUUGCGGACAGGGGCGUCAGCCAAUUUGGCGCGUACCCACCACCACCACCAGCGGCACCACCUUACAUGCAGGACAACAACGCAUCUCAAACGUCCUUGGCCAUCAUCUCUGGCAAGUUUGGCAACGGCGCAAAGGGGCCGAAAACGCACACCCGUGGCUUGCCAAGCGACGCCAGCACGGCUGGUCUAGUGACGAAAAAGACUCCGUUUGGCUACAGCGAAUCACACGAAAUGUCGCCCAUUGGAGCUGCGCCUCCGUACAGCGUCGCGAACCCCAUGGUCGAGCCUCCGCCUGCGGCUAUUGCCGACGAGAAGCCAGAUCGGAGCCGGAGCUCAGGAUGGAGUCGCUAUUUCGCUAACAACGAGGCUACCAACCUGGCCAACGAGCCUUACGAUCGGUCGUCUCGACUUAGCGACUUGAGUCAGUCAGAGUACGACACCAAUUCGCGCUACCUGAGCCAGCCUCCCAAGUUCAGCAACCCCCACUCGGUGCUGCCGCCUCUGGACGUCAGCUUCGCCAACCACCAGUUCGAUGGUAACAAGGUCAGCCAGAUCAUGACUGGAAGCCCAACCAUCGGCAACUCCCGCGAGGAUCUGUCUAGUCGCGGCAUGGGUGUGGGUACGCCCAUGCGUGCCGAGCUGGCACGUGCGGGCAGUGUCAGCACAAUCUCCAGCUUCGAGUCGAAGAGAAUGUCUCAGGCAGAAGGGCAACAAACCUGGACGCCCAUUGAAGGCAGCGGGUGGAACAACAGGGCACCCAGCAGUCUCUACCCCGACAGUCGGCCACAGAGUGAAGUGCCGUUCAACGACGGUACCAGCUCCUACUAUCCCGCCGAUGGUACGAGCUCGUACUAUCCUAGGGACGGUACCAACUCGUUGUAUCCGCCCAGCUUGCAUCCUGACACUGCCAAGAUGCCUUCGCCUGCCGCUGGCCGUGAGAGCACACUGACGGUUUUCCCGAGGGGAGUUCCAUCCACGGUCCCCACAGACGAAGACAGACAGAAAGCCAUCGGCGCCCAAGACAUGAGUUGGUUGAAGUUCUAA